AGCCUUCAAGACUCAAUGCAGCUACAACAACAAUGAAUAAUGACGUAGCAUUAAUGGAAUCUCAAUGUUAUCUGCUUUUUGACUUGGUCUUAAAGGGUUGAUAACCUUUCAGAGGAAAAUAAACAGGAAUUACUGUGGCAGUGAUCCAACUGAGGUGGAGAAGGAGCAACAAAUUUGAACUGUGGAACCAAUGGGGUGUCUGAUGUGAAAAAAACAUUCUGACAUUUCUAACAAAUGCUAAGAUGAUGGAGGUGCAAUCAUGACCUUUCCUAGCAGCAGUAGCUGGUAAUAAGAUGGCCUUCCCUUAUUUUGUUGUGCUAAUUUCACUUUUGCUGUGGGAAAGAAAAACAUUGCUUUACGUAUUAAAAGAUAGGAAAUGUACAUUUAAAAAAAACUUUCUGGAGAGCUGCACUUCUAGUCACCUGACUAAAAACUAAUAAUGAGGUUGCUCUGGCAAAAAAAAAAAAUGCUUUUAUUUGCCUUUUUUCAAACAAUUUACUGGAAUGUGGUACAUGGUGAAACAAAAAAAGUUUUUGUUUGUUUUUCCAUAAGAGACCGCUGCUAACAACCCCCGGAGCAAUUUGCUUCCCCCCAGUUCUAGAUCACUUAACAAAAGAAGGGUGACCCGAACUCUCAACCAUCUUUUUAAGGUGGCAGACACAGCACCCAUGCAAGAAUCCUUUCAAGUCACUAGUGUCUCUGAUAGAACGGAGAGAAACGCUGCUUCUGAAAGAGAAAAUGACCUGAUUUUGGCUAGCUCAACCUUUCCCAGUUUUUCCCAGUCUUCCGCGUGUAGUGAGACCACAACUUCCAGUUUUCUCAGCGGCAGCGGAGCUGGGGGACACCGGGCUGAAAAAGGACUGGUCUCGGGGCAGGCUAUUAUGACGACUUAACGCUCCCUCUUGUCCUCCAUGCUCAAAACCGGGCCAGAAAGCCAGAGCAGCGCAAAUCCCCUCAGCUCCACAAAAGUCGCCCAAGAAACGCGGCUUGCUCCAGGGCGCGGCCGAAGUUUCCCCGCGGCCGCUCGGCUCCGAGGCGUUUUAACGGAAGAAAGAGGGUGGGGACAGGUAAACCGGGUGCCAGCUUCUUCCUGUUCGGCCUCGUUUCCUUUAGCGAGGAAGGGCUGAAGUCGCCCUUUGCCUGGCCGGCGGGGAUGUCCGGCAGAGGGAUACCUGUUGCACAGGUGCGAAACGAUGAAAGCCGCCAAGAAGCCGGACCAAGAGCCGGUUGCAUCUCCCCCUGCCCCGUCCCCACCGCUGCCCAAGCUGCUCUCCGCCCUUUUCUAUGGGACCUGCUCUUUCUUGAUCGUUCUGGUAAACAAGACAGUGCUGACGGUGUACAGAUUCCCAUCUCCAAUGUUUCUAGGAGUAGGACAGAUGGUAACCACUAUUCUCAUCUUAUAUGUGUCAAAAUUAAAUAAAAUCAUUCAUUUUCCUGAUCUUGACAAAAGCAUCCCUAAAAAGUUGUUUCCACUUCCUCUGAUUUAUAUUGGAAAUCAUAUAAGUGGAUUAUCAAGCAUAGGCAAGCUAAGUUUGCCAAUGUUUACAGUCCUGAGGAAGUUUACCAUUCCUCUUACAUUACUGCUGGAAAUUAUUAUUCUUGGGAAACGCUUUCCCCUGGGCAUUAUAAUCAGUGUGUUUGCAAUCAUUUUGGGGGCCUUAAUAGCAGCAGGAUCAGAUUUAGCUUUCAGCUUGGAAGGUUAUGUUUCUGUUUUGCUCAAUGAUGUCUUCACAGCAGCAAAUGGUGUUUAUACCAAACAAAAAAUUGACCCUCAGGAGCUGGGAAGAUAUGGAGUAAUUUUUUAUAAUGCCUACUUUAUGGUAAUUCCUACAGUUCUCAUCAGUUUUUUCACUGGGGAUUUCCAGCAGGCCACGAAUUUCCAGCAUUGGACAAAUGUUUUAUUUAUCUUUCAGUUUCUUCUUUCUUGUGUGCUGGGGUUUCUUCUGAUGUAUUCUACAGUUCUUUGCAGCCAUUAUAAUUCGGCUCUAACAACUGCAGUAGUUGGUGCUAUAAAAAAUGUGUCUGUUGCUUAUAUUGGCAUGCUGUUUGGUGGAGAUUACAUGUUUAAUACGUUGAACUUCAUUGGACUCAAUAUCAGCAUGGCAGGAGGGCUGAGAUAUUCAUUCUUGGCAAUACGGGGACAGAACAAUCCUGAUUGUCCCUCCGUAGAUGAAGAAAAAGCAACUCUGGGUUCCAAGAGCUAACUGAAGCAGACAGCAUGAAAAUCUCUAAAGAUUCCAAUUUAGGCAAAGAUAUUUCCUUGGACAAAUGAUGUUAAUUGAAACAUAUAAAAAUGCACUUGAAAAUACCCUUGUUAUAUUAAAGCAAUCUUCAAUGUACACAAAAUAGUUUGCAAGCUUUUGAGCUUCCAAGACUUGUUCGCGAUUAGCGAACCAGUUGUUACACUGACAGCAUCCCACUGAAUGUACAUAAACUGUACCUAAAGUAGCAACUACAGGCUCCCAUUUAGUCUCAGAUUCUUUACUUCCACAAAUAUUGUGAAAUCAAAAGCUGCUUCUGUGUACUUUUUGUUUCAUAAUCAUGAAUGGAUCUUCCAAAUUUCAGCUGUUGAAUUAAGUACAAAAAGCCAUGAAUUACCGACAGAACAGAGAAAAGUCACUUGCGAUCCUCUAGAACUACUUAAACUACAGUUAGAGUUAGUGAAAAUUCUAUUUAGCAGCUUCUGGAUUCUCUUCCCUCUAUAACAGGGGUGUUAAACUCAAGGCCCGCGAGCUGCAUCCAACCUGUGGGUUGCUUAGAUCUGGCCCGUGGGACCAGCUUGGAAAUAGCAAAGAACCAGCCCAUGGUGCCUCUGCUACCAAAAUGGGGGGCAGGGCGCCAUUUUGGCUGCCAGAAUGCUGCUGGAGCCUGUCCAGGCCCAGUACGGGACCCCUGCGCAUGGCUCCUCCGUGCCCCGUUUUGGCUGCCAGAGUGCUUCCUAUGGAGUCAGUUUCUUGAUGUGGUAUCUCAUAGGGUGAUCAAGUAGAUCAAGUAUGUAUUAAAAAAACAAAAUCACAGAAAUAAAUGCCUCUCUUUUUAUAAUAGUAUAAAAAGUGUGUGCGGAGGUGCAGUCCCAUGUCACACCCACCAUGUCUAUGCCUACUCUGGCCAUGCCCACCAUGACCAUGACCAUCCUGGCCAUGCCCCCCCCACACACACACCUGGCCCUCCAAGAUCAAACACAACCCUGAUGUGACCCUCAGUGAAACCGAAUUUGGUACCCCUGCUCUAUAACAAUGCCUCUCAAUCUUGUCAACUUUAACAUGGGUUGACUUCAGCUCCCAGAAUUCCCCAGCCAGUCAAGCUGAAGAUUGCCACCCAUUUUAACUCUAGGAUCCACCUAUCCUAAAGUUGCCAAGGUUGAGAAUCAUUGCUAUAUAACAUAGGGAUUUUAAAAAGGAGAUUAGGAACAAGAAAUAAAAAACUAAUAUACCAUGAAACAGAUGUUUUUUAUACUAGAGCAGAGGUGGAGAGCCCCUUUAUGACUUGUGGACUUCAACUCCAGGAAUUCCUGAGUCAGCCAUGCUGGCUCAGGAAUUCUGGGAGGUGGUACCCUGGUCAUAAAAGGGCCAUAAUUCCCCACCCCUCUCCCUUCAUGUGGAAAAAUACAAGAUAUUUUUCUACACACAAAACUGCUGCUCGAAGGAGUUAUGAAGUAACUGCAUGCACUUUUAUCUGCUUAGGUUGGCUUAUUAUGAGCAAAUGUCAUAGCAUCAAGCUGCUUGUUCUGCUUUCAGGGCCAUAUUUUUCAUUGCUACAUUUUUCAGAACUGGUCAGAGACAGACAGGAGAGGCAUUGCCAUCCAUUUUUCUCAGCUCCGCACAUGGGACUCUGGCAAGGAUAAUGAACUGCUUUCUCUUGUCAAAAAGCAGGCUGUUCAAAAAAAAAAUUCUUCUGUGUAUGGUGUUUGAUCUUUCUAUCUUUGCCUCUCUGAACUUGAGAAGGAAUCUUACAGUUAUAGAACUACUUAAUAUAAAGAAUUGAUAUGAAGUUGAUAUAUUUUGUAAUAAAUUAUUCUCACCGGG